CUCGGUAACUUCCGUCAACAUCGUAAAUGUCAAAAUGGCUGAGAAAAACAAAUUAAAUACAUUUUCAACAAAUUUAGACAAUUUCCAAUUACAAACACAAUCAAAACUUAUUUUGCUAGUGCUAAUUUUCUGUUAUUGUGCAAUAUCAAACGUUGAAUGUGUAAACAAAUGUGGUGACACUUUGUGUGAAAACGGAAGUUGUGAACAAAACAACACAGUUUGCGUUUGUGAACCAGGUUGGAGCGGACCAAGCUGUUCCCGUUGUGUGGGGAGAAUAAGACUUACAUCAACGAAUGGCGUUGUCACCGAUGGUUCUGGUAACUACUCAGUGGACAACAAGUGUAUGUGGCUUAUUGAGCCCAACCCCCCUGGCGCCCCCCUCAGACUCGCCACCCACCAGUUUGCCACGGAGUGUGGCUGGGACCACCUCUACAUAUUCAAUGGGGAUUCGGUGUUCUCUCCACUUAUUGCUGCAUACAGUGGGUUGGUAUCCCAGGAGCUGGAUGUGAACAACAGUUUCACGGAGUUGGUUGCAGACUCCGGGAAAGCCUACAUCUAUUUCUACAGUGAUGCAGCCUAUAACAUGUCCGGUUUUCAUCUAAAAUACAGGGUUGGGGAGUGCCCCAAGAACUGUUCGGGCAACGGCCUGUGCAACAAUGACACUAUGCAGUGCAUGUGUUUCCCGGGCUAUCGAGGGGAUCACUGUCACGUGGAGGAGUGCCCCAACAACUGCUCGGCCAAUGGACGGUGUGAGGACUCAGUCUGUGUAUGUGAGGAUGGGUUUAAAGGUGUGGACUGCAGCAUUCCGUUGAGUUCUGAGUCCUGGAUACGUCACUCUGUGUUAGAUGCACCUGCAGGGCGGGCGUCGGCAGCUUCUAUACUGGUUGGAGAGGAGCUGUGUGUUAGUGGCGGGUAUGCCUUCGGGAAGGAGGUGGAUUUUCUUGUGGGUUACAACAUCACAUCCCAUGAGUGGAAGAGACUUCCAGAAUCGUCAACUGUAAAUCCAAAAUUCCUGUAUGGUCAUUCCAUGGUUCGUUAUAAGGAUGAGCUAUUCGUAUAUGGGGGUGUAUCAAGCAAGCACAUAGAGAGUUUUUUAUGGACGUACAACAUCGCCACAUAUAUGUGGUCCUCACAGGACUUUAACGUGACUCGUGCAGUAGCGGGCCACUCUGCUGUACUCAUAGGCUCCAAGAUGUACGUUAUCUUUGGGCAUAGUCCCAUUUACGGCUACAUGAACAAAGUGCAGGUUAUGGAUCUAGACUCGCCUAACAGAACAUUUACCACCGUACAAACACAGGGAGCCAGAAUAAAGGGAGGAUAUGGACACACAAGUGUGCUUUAUGGCGGGGAAAUAUACGUGUAUGGUGGAUACAUUGCUGGAGUCUCCGGUACCCAGUAUUCACUCACUGACAGGCUGUACUCCUUUAAUCCAGUGAAUUCUACUUGGAAAAUCCUUGCCAGCAGUGGCUCUCCGAGGUACCUCCACUCUGCUGUGUUCCUGGGAGAAUUGAUGUUGAUAUUUGGAGGAAACACCCACAAUGACACGUCCAUCAGCUACGGGGCCAAGUGCUACUCCCCUGACUUCAUGGCUUAUGAUCCCAAGUGUAAUUCCUGGUCAUACUUGAACAAGGCUGAGCUUCUACCAGACUCUGCAAGAUACGGACACAUUGCCCAGCCAUACACAGAUGAGGCCGGUGCGGAGAAGAUGCUGAUAUUCGGAGGGUUUGACGGCGUUAUGCUGAAUGACAUAAUGGAGUAUGAAUCAGGAACCUGUUCCCUUGACAAUGGCACUGUGUGUUCUCCCGAUAUCCGGGGUCGUGUGUGCGUGUGUACCUACAAUUCCAGCACUCUGGUCGGAAGAGAGGACAGAAAGAUAGCUGAACAGUUGAAGAGCUCAGAAUUAAUUACUCACUAUGUGGAGCCACAAUGUACUGUUGCAUCAGGACGGGAGGAGUUUUGUCGACGCCAGAAUCCCUCGUGUGGGUCCUGUCUGUCCUCACCAUACGGAUGUAAAUGGUGCUCUAAUAACUGUACAACCGUUUGUCCAGAGGACACCAAGUAUGAGGUUACAAAUGCGAGCGAGUGUCUGUCCAAGUACAAUAACCUGUGUUCAAGUGUGAAGAACUGCCACGCAUGUAGCGAGCUGGAAGAUUGUCGCUGGAGCAAGGACAAGGACUGCUUUUAUAAAGACAGGAGUUCUUUUGAAGGUGUUUCCACACUUAUGGAGUUUCAUGAGAAAAUGACUGAAAAUGACACAGCAGAAAAUAGUAAUGACACACUGUCGGAGCCAGUUUGUGAUGCCCCAUGCUACACGUACAACUCGUGUGAGAACUGCACAAAGAACACCUGUAUGUGGUGUGGUUCACAGGAGCGGUGUGUAGAAACAAACUCCUAUGUGGCCUCGUUCCUGUACGGCCAGUGUCAGGAGUGGGUCACCAGCAGCGUCAAAUGUACAUCUACACGGUGCUCAGACCUCCACACGUGUGAGGAUUGUAAGACCAACCCGGCAUGUGGCUGGUGUAACGACGUCAGUAACACCGGGCUCGGCAAAUGUGUCCAGGGCUCUGCCCGUGGUCCUGCCACCCUGAACAAUGUUACCCUAGAGUACGAGCUCAACAGCAACACUUGCCCAGCUGAGAGGUGGUUCUUUAUUGAAUGCCCAUUAUGUCAGUGUAAUGGUCACAGCUCCUGUACAAAUGUUUCUGACCAAUGUGACGCCUGCCAGAACCUCACAACAGGAGACCACUGUGAACAGUGUAUCCAGGGUUACCAUGGCAACCCAAGGAAUGGCGGAAACUGUACUGCUUGCAGUUGUAAUGGCCAGGCAGAAAAUUGUAAUUCAGAAACUGGCGCUUGUUUCUGUCGCACACGAGGAGUAAAGGGACAUAACUGCAAUGUAUGUGAUACAGACAACAACUACUUUGGAAAUCCCAACAAUGGAGGCACUUGUUAUUAUGACCUCAGAACGGACUACCAGUUCACCUUCAAUCUGUCCAAGAAUGAUGACAAACAUUACACUGGAAUCAACUUCAUGAACAUACCUCAGGCUAAUGACAGAGAUGUGGAUUUCACAUUGAAUUGCUCUGGAGCUGCAUACAUCAACAUCACAUACAAGUCAAGGUCCCACCCCCAGGAGCAGUUCCUUACCAAGAACUACAUGUGUACGCUGUUCCGCUCCAAGUUUGAACACAAGGAUUACAACUUUGGGCCUGACGAUAAUGUCACCUUCUACGUCUAUGUUUACGGCUUUGCCACUCCCUUCUGGCUUCAGAUUUCUUUCUCCCAGUUUCCAAAAAUAGAUCUGGUCCAUUUCUUUGUGACUUUCUUCAGCUGUUUCCUGUCACUGUUGAUCAUCGCCGCUGUGCUGUAUAAGAUCAAACACAAGUAUGACAGCUACAGGCGAAGACAGCGCCUGAUGGUUGAGAUGGAAGAAAUGGCCAGCCGUCCAUUUGCCGCCACUUUGCUCGAGGUGGAGCAGAAAUCAGAUCAGGCCGUGGCAGAGAAGAAAGACACAGGCACUGAACUCAGGAAAAGGAAAAGGGGAGCAAGUAAACCCAGCCAGAUAGCGUUAGAGCCCUUACACAACCAGAAAGCAGCAGUCUUGUCCCUGUUUAUUCAGCUUCCAUGCGGGGAUGAAGAGUGGGCCCCACCUGGAAUUUCUGGCCUUUCCAUUGGCAGUACUCUAAUUUCAAUAGGUCACCAGAGAAAGACCAGCGUAGAAUUUCCAAAAGGAGAUAAAACCAAACAUCACAAGAAAUUCAACAUACAUGACACCAAUGUCUAGUACUUACUCAUUCGUUGCUGUGUAUAUAUGUAUAUUGUUAUAGUUAUUUUGUUCACAUUCCUUUUGAUAUAAUACAAGUUUGAAACUGUCUCAAGUCAAGAUGGAACGAUUAUAUGUUUAAGAGCUGUUUAAGCCAAAAUUUUGAGAUAAAGGUCUUGGUUGGUAUUCCAUUAUGGUUUCAAACUUUCAAUUUAAACUAGACCAGUGUAGCUUAUAAGAUUGUUUUGAUUAAGUACUAGACAUUUACAGAGAGUGCAGACUUUAGCUCAUGGAAUGACAAACACCCAGUUUGGAGAAUUGUGCCUUCGUCACUCUGUAAAAUAUAAAACACAAAUCUGAAUUGGAACAAAUACCUCAGAGGUAAAACAACAUCAGGCUAGACUUUUCUUAUAUUAUGAUACAUAAACAACAACAACAACAACAACAUGUUUUCAUUCAAGUUGUUUAAGGAGUAUAUACGAAGAUUUGUUGUUAAGAAUGAGAAUAUUUUUGAGAAAAUAAUCAUGAAAAAAAUUAAAAGAACAUUACCGAGUAUAUAUAAGUUUUAAAGAGCUGUACAUUGUUUAAAUUUCACAACGGUUUAAUUUUCAUGAUUUUUCACUCAUCCACCAUGUCCUGAAUUAAAACCUAACGAAAUGUUCAAUUUACUGCUGCUUUCAUUUGUAUAAUUGAUGGUGUCACUAAUUUAAAACAUCACGAAAUUGGUCAAAUCCAUAAAAUUGCGAAAAAAGGACCUUGAAAUGAAGGAAAUCUGCAAUUUCAUGUAUUAUCAGUAGGAAAUAUUAAUGUAUAAAAUAUCUGUUCAUUUGAUUUAUCUUGGUAGCCUUUUUGACAAAAUAUCCUGUCAUGUCUGUGUGCAUUCUCUGUGUAACUGGUCACAUUAGCUUGGGUGAUUUUCGCUGGUAGACUUUCAAUACUUGUUUUGAAAUGUUGUAAAUUUAUUCAGGUUAUGAUUAAAUGAAUCAGUCCCACUUGAUAAUAUGUCAAUAUCUCAGUUCUCAUAUACAUACACAUUUACAUAUGUAUCUAUACAUCAAGUGUUUUAAGGCUUUAUUCUGUUAGAACACAGCAUGUAUGGAAAACUAGUUUAAUUUUAAAAGAAUUUUUAUGAUUUAAACUUAUAAGCCAUUGUGACAUAAUGCUGAAAGGAAGAAAUUCUUGCAAUAUCGCAUGAGUUAUUUUAAAUAUAGGCUGAAAAACUCCAACUAUUAGAAUUCUAAACAACUCUGGCAUGAACUUAUAUCAUUGCUAAGCAAAUAAUGAAAAUUGUUUUUAUUCAUAAAUAAUUUGUUAAGCAUUUCCAAUUUUGAGUCAUUGAAUACAUUUAAAUACAAUCAAUGAAUCUUAUGAAAGAUUUUUCAAAGCAAUGUCUUUAUUUCAACAUCUCACUCAUUUAUCAAUGAAAUGAGCAUGUAUAAUGGCAUUUGUGUCAAAUGUGGGACCCAAACUUCUGAGAACACCAGGGGUUAGCUGAUCUGACAGAAUAUGACUUCACUUACAUACUCAUGAACAACCUUUUUACAAUUAGUGUUUUUCACUCAUGUGCUGUUAUUCAAAUACAUGAUUUAUGUUGUGUGAGCUAAUGCUUACCUUAAUCAAUUUCACACAAUUUUCAUUUUUGUUCAAAUAUAAAAUUGUUUUGUAUAAUAUAUGUAUAUAUUAUAUAUAUUUUUGUGUACAUAUUUUGCUGAUAUGCACAGAUUCAUAAAUUAUGUUACGACACUAAAUUGCAUUCUAUAUGUAACAUGGAGAAAUCAGAAAGCUUAUUUUAAAUUGAAUAAUUUAGAGCAAGUUAAAAAGUGUACUGUAUAUGUUAUGACUACAUGUACAUGACCUUUGCAUUGCUAUUGGAAGUGCUACACAAUGUGUAUUUAUUUAGAUUUAUUUACAGAUGUUUGAUGUCUAUUACAGCCAUAUCAUUCACAGUAUCAUUUCAUAUGGUUGUGAUUUGACUCAGAAUGGUUUUCCCCAUGUUAUUAUACAUGUAGUAUUUACUAAUGUAGACAAAGAGCUUAUAGAUCUAUUUAUAGUUUCACAUAUGUUUUUUAUUAUAUGGCUUUAGUAGAAUAUCAGGUGUGUGCUUCCAAGCCAUGUGUUCAAAUAUGAUUUAUGAAAGCAUUUCAUGUUUAGACUUUUUUAUCUUGUGUGAGAAAAAAAAACUUGGAAGUUGGUAGUUUCAUGAUACUGUGAAAUCAUUCGUGGGACAUUAAUUUUCGUAGAUUUCAUGGGUUGACUUAUUCACAAAUUCAAGAUCCCAACGAAAUCUUGACCUGUAAUUCUAAAAUCAUGCGGUCUAGUUAAAAGGCAUACAUGAAUAUACUUGGUCGCGAUAUACAAUUUGUAAGUACCUAAAUCAUUGGUUAUAUUUAAGUUAAAGCCAAUUAUUAGUACUUGCAUUCAGUUUUUUGUAUGACAUUGCCGGAACAUUAAAACAAGCUGAUUAUCAACUUUAAUUGGUUAUUUCUGAGCUGAAUUAAUAUUACAUGCAAAGAUAACGAGUGAAGGUAAAAAAGCAAUCCAAGAAUUUAAGUACCCACUUUAUUUUUGGAAAACCACACAAUUUUAAGCCCACGAACAUAAAUGACUACACAGUAUAAGAUUAAAUGUACUGUAGUGGAGAAAAGUGACUGUGCAUGAUACCAAAUCUAUCUAAAAAAGGUCAAAAAUGUAAUGUUUUAAAAAAAAGGAUCUUUUUAAUGAAGCAUUUGGCAAUUUCCAGACUAAAAUUAUGUCAAAAUGUUAUUUCUGUGAGAGAAACAGUAUUUUUAACUGUCACAAUUACUUUAUUCUGGAAGUAUAUAUUUGUUAAAAGAAUUUACCAUCUUUCGAUGGAAUUCAUGGCUUUUAAAGCAUUAGUUUACCAGUUGGAAAUGUAAGGGUAUAAUAUUGAAUGUAUAUUAAGCCAUAGUGUACUGCGACAUUCUACUACUGGUAUAAUGAUAAAACACUCCAUACAAUUCUCAUUCAUAUCCAAACUUAAUUAUAUGGCAAUAUAAUAAAAAAUUAGCUUUGCCCUUAACAUAUAUUUGGUAUGAUGUGUUUUGCUUUGUGCCGCCCUGGUAUCAAUGAUGUGUACAAUUUGUAUUUUCAUGUUAUUUAUCUGUAAUUAAACACAUAUCAAUGAAUUUAAAAAUCUGUAUUAAUUAAAAUUGUAUAUUAUGUGUAAACUCAAUAUCUUGAUUAUUGUCAUAGUGUGAAAAAGCAGUAUCGCUAGAAGCCUUAAAUUCAACAUUUUUGCAGAACCAGUUUCGUAUGAUAUACUAAUCUCAGCCAAAAUCAUUGGAAAGUUCAUAUUUUGUUCAGAUAAUAAUACUAGGAAACUCAAAUAAGACUAAGUUAUCAUUAUUAAGUGUCCAAGUGAUAAGUUAAAAUAGUUAUUUCAUGUUAUAUUUUGUGUUAAACGUUUAUAAUGUGCAAUUAUGUAAACAAAAAAUAGUCACACAUGUUAGUUGCAAGAUUGGUACCUUUGUAUGUGUUGAAAUGUAUCUAAACGAAAUUGCCUGUUGUUAUAUUAGUACGGUCGAACUCUGUUGGCUCGAACUCUCAGGGACUAGCAAAAAUACCUUGAGCCUCGGAAAUUCAAGCCAAGCAGAAAUAUUUACCUCGAUAAAAAGAAAUUUAUCCUUCACAUCUAUUUCAAGUCAACGAGGAAUUUGAGCCAAUGGAGUUUGAGCCAAUGGGGUUCAACUGUAUUAUCAUUGUGUGUGCACUCUCUAGAACUUAAAUUCUGCAUUGCUAUGUCUUUAUAAAUAUAACUAUUUUUUUUGUCAAUCAUAUACCAAUAGAAUUCAGAAACAUUAUACUGCUCUGUUAAAAUUUUAAGAAAGGUUCCUAGCUGCUGGUCAGCUGUGUUCUGAUAAGCUUGUCUGUUUCUUGGAGGGAAAGUUGAGGUAUUGUCGUAGCCUUGGUGUCAUGAUGGUCAGCAGAAGUGUGCAAAAUAUUUAAGCUUGCCCAUAAUUCAAAAUCAUUUAAGACGAUCAAAUGAAACUUGGUAUACAUGUUGCCAGAGACAAUAUGCUCACGUUUAUCAAGGCUUGUAACUGCUACCAGUAAUCAUUGGCUCGAUUGUUCAGAACUUGUUAAAGUUAACAACAUGAUUAACGACAUCGUUGUUAACUUUCAAAUCGUUACUACUCUGGAAGUUUGAUGGAUACACCCGUGAUAUGCAGUGUUCUCAACAAUGUUUGAGAUGACUUGUUUAAGAUGAACUUGUUUUAUUUGAAUAUAUGAACACAUCAUGAAAUAGUUUGAGUUUAAACUUUAACAACGAUGUCGUUAUUCACGUUGUUAACAUUAACAAAGUUCUGAACAAUCGGCCCAAUAAUUACAAGUUAUUUCAUUUUUUUCCUUGUUCAACUACAAAACAAACAGACUUGUGAUGAUGUUUACUCUGCAGUUCUCUUGUUGUAUAAAUACAAAAAUGAAAACUGUCAUUCCUGGAAUUACUUUUGAGCAGUUUUCCCACUUUAUUUGGUAUGCAUUAUUUUUAUUUUAAAAACCAAUAAAUAAUGAAUUGUUGAUAUCUUUCUUACAUGUUUUAAUAAUUUCUUUGCUAUAUAUUGUAAAUUGUUAUGUUGUUUUGUCAGGGAGAGUGUCUAAAAAGCUUGGCAUAUCUGUGACUUAAGUUGUUAUAUGGAGCAUGAAUGAACUUAAACUUUUAGCUCAGCAUAUAUCUAUGACUGAUGUUGUUAUAUGGAGCAGGACUGAUCAUUUCAGCUCAGCAUACAAGUUGCUUGUGAUGAUUAAGUGUUAGCUGAAACAAGUUUGAAAUCCAAAGACUGUAUAUGAAUUGGCAUACAAUGCAAGGAUCUGAAUAAAAGAUAA